CAUGUUGGCACAGACUCAGUCAAUGGUUAGAGAAGGAAAGUAGAGAGGAAGAGAAAGACAGAGACCGAGUUGGAGAGAAAGAGGGGGAAAAAGAAGCGGCACUUGGGCUUGCCAGCGGUCGUGCACACUCUUCCAACAUUGAUUUGGUCCUCUUGAUUUGUUUUUGUUUUUUCUUCUUCUCUUUCUGCACCCCCCUUGUCCAUCUUUCGCUCUGUCUCUUAUCCAUGGUGCUUGUAUAGACCAGGAUUCACCCCAUAUCAGGCACCGCGUUGCCAAGCCUUUUCCUAGAUUUCUUCUCCAGAUAUUUUUGAUGCUAUGUUGUUUAUUUUUUCCCAUUUUUAGCAGUUUUGCCGAAUUACCUGUUUUUUUCUUCUACAUUUUAUAAUUCAACCAGCUUAGUCUCGUACCCGCUCCCUGCUCUACUUCUGUGGUUUCGCCCGUGAGCGGCACCUGAACUUGGGCAUCUCUUGGCUUCAGUCCUUUUUUCUCUGAAUUUUACCUCCUGCCGCUUCCAUUGGACCACUUUGUCUCAGUUUUGCAAAAUUUUCAUCACUCUUUCUGACUUUUUGAAGCAAAAGAUACUUUGUUUGUUUUUUUGCAUUUUGACAUUUUUGGCGCAUUUAAGUUUCAAUCGACUGAGUGAACUUAUGAUGAGAAAGCAAAAUGGAUGAAUUCCACCCCUUCAUCGAGGCCCUGCUGCCCCAUGUCCGAGCCUUCGCCUACACCUGGUUUAACUUGCAGGCCCGCAAGCGCAAAUACUUCAAGAAGCACGAGAAGCGUAUGUCCAAGGAGGAAGAACGUGCGGUGAAGGACGAACUGUUGGGAGAGAAGCCAGAGAUAAAACAGAAGUGGGCCUCGCGCCUGCUGGCCAAGCUCCGAAAGGACAUCCGGCCAGAGUUCCGUGAGGACUUUGUGCUCAGCAUCACUGGGAAAAAGCCUCCCUGCUGCGUACUGUCCAACCCAGACCAGAAGGGCAAGAUCCGUCGCAUCGACUGCCUGCGCCAGGCCGACAAGGUGUGGCGGCUCGACCUGGUGAUGGUCAUCCUGUUCAAGGGCAGCCCCCUGGAGAGCACGGACGGAGAGCGACUGGUCAAGUCACCUCAGUGCACCAAUCCAGGCCUCUGCGUUCAGCCGCACCACAUCGGAGUGUCUGUGAAGGAGCUGGACCUCUACCUGGCCUACUUCGUCCACACGCCAGAAUCUGGACAAUCAGACAGCUCCAGCCAGGGGGAUACAGACAUUAAGCCACCACCGAACGGACAUUUGAGUUUCCAAGACUGCUUCGUAACCUCGGGAGUGUGGAACGUGGCAGAGCUAGUCAGAGUGUCACAAACUCCUGUUGCCACAGCGUCGGGUCCCAAUUUUUCACUAGCGGACCUGGACAGCAGUCCAAGCUACUACAACAUCAACCAGGUGGCUCUGGGGCGGCGCUCCCUCACUUCCCCUCCUUCCACCAGGUCUGAGGUGGAGUUGUAUGCAAAUCUUCCACGGAGUUCAACGAAGAGAAAGUCUUUAGAUGACAGUGAGCUGGAAAGCCCCACAGAUGAUGUAUUCUAUCCUGGACGUUCACCAGCUGCCAGCUCCUCUCAGUCCAGCGCAUGGACCAAUGACAUGGACGCAGUGCAGCACCAUUUGGCGAGUGUGCAGGAGAGGAAGAUAAAACAUGAGAACGAUGGCGUGCAGUUUCCUUACCAUGGACUUUCCUCGCCUGGUUCACAUAAGAAGCCGGGGAAGUUUGAUUUCAACGCACUGACUUCCCAGACGAGGUCCCCCCGCAUGGCGUUCACACACCACCCGCUGCCUAUGCUGGCAGGAGUGAGACCAGGGAGUCCCCGUGCCUCAGCCUCAGCCCUACACUUCCCCUCCUCCUCCAUCAUACAACAGUCCAGCCCUUAUUUCACCCACCCCACAAUCCGCUACCACCCCCAUCAGGACCCGCUGAAGGAGUUUGUCCAGUUCGUGUGUACUGAUGGGUCUGGGCAGCCAAGCGCACAGCCUAAUGGAAGUGGCCAGAGCAAAAUGCCAGGCUCCUUUCUGCUUCCCCCACCACCCCCAGUGGCACGCCCUGUGCCCAUCCCAAUGCCCGACUCUAAAACCAUCAGCACGCCCACUGAAGGUGGAAUCAACUCACCCACACCUCCGUCAUACUCAACGCCAGGCUCCACAGCUCCCAACCGGUUUGUCGGCAUCGGAACACGGGACAACUUUCUGAAUAUCCCACAGCAGACUCAGUCUUGGUUCCUCUGAUGACACCACAAUGAACCAUCAGCUCCAGUUGUGUCAUGAAAAGUGGAACAUGCAACAAGAAGAGACUGCUGACACUAAAAGGGUUCUCACCCACCAACACACUAUUCAAUGAUCGCAGGAUGUGAAAGACCACCGCCCUCUCCUGAUUCACCCCAAUCGAAACAAGAACUUUCUUCCCCUGGUGCACCAGGCUUCACCGAGGUAAAGCAGACUGGCUGAGAGCAAGAAGGAAGAACUAUCUCGCACGCAGUUUGUGAGACAGGAAACAGAUGAAUGACCAAUUGUUAUUAUCAUGAUGAAUAUGAGUGUUAUGUUAUCGUCUCCACACCAGUUUCAUUGGCUGUGAGAUCCAUCAAACCACACAAACUAGUGAUGACGUCCACGUCCUCUCCGCAUUUGUGCAUCCCUACACCUCGCAGCCACACGCCAAACUUUAUUAGUCCACCGCCCAGAUUCGGUCAUAAUCGGUGGCCCGCCGCCUCCUCGGCUCAGCGCUGACUCUUCUCUCAUUUGUGAUUGGCCAACAAUGGUGACACCAUCAGAUGGUGUGGCAUAUAUGCACUAAGUGGCUGGUCUUUGUUUACCCGUCGAAGAAUUUGAGGCAAGCGACCCUUUGAGUUGACGCACCACAGUCCCAACACUACAGUCCACGCGCUCUUCCAUCCCCUCACCUAUGCACUAUUCAUUUGAACAAGGGAUGAGCUGAACUGCACAAGCACCGUCAGGCGUGCGCGUAAACACGAGGUGGCGGCCAUGACAGACUUCACGUCUGAGCCCGGAUACACAUACGCAUAAAAGACCAUCCUCUUAUCGUGUCACCCACCGACUCUCAUUGUUUAUGGACUUCAGCGGACAUGGGUUUUUAAGUUCAUAGCAACAUCACAUUUUUGGCUUUCCUGUCGUUUAAAGGCUUUUUUUUGUGGUUUCUCCUUUUUUGACAGUUUUUUUUUUGUUUCUCAUCUUUGGGCUACGUUUACAUUACCUGUUGAGUAUUAUUUAGAGGAACACCAGUUCUCAAUCUUCUCCAGGCUCUCGAGUGAGUGAUCCGAACGUCAACAGAGAAAUCCAAGUAAAAGUGGAAAUAGAGAAAGUGGAAUCAGCUUGAAUCUCCACUGAAGUUCCUCAAUUGGUGAUGAUAAAUUUCCUUUGGCUGUGAGUCUAUAUGUCUAUAUGAACCCCUAUAGCAGGCCUAACGUCACUCCUGAAAGUGAAUCAAGGGCAACAAACAAUUGCGAGUGACACAUUUACCAAGCUAGAUCGAAAAGAAAAGUCAGUUCUCACCCUCUCUUUUUUAGUCUUCUUCUUACCAGCAGCGUCUCAGAUCAGAGACCUGGUGAAAGACUGUGGUCUUCAGUGAAACGGAUAGCUAGGAUGGUAAUGUGAACGUAGCCGUACAGCGUUUUAACUUCUCCUGCAUGACAUAACAGUUUUUUUUGGUUUGCAGUAUUACUUGUAUACUUGCAGUAUACCGUGCCUGACUCUCAGCAGAACAGCAUCCAGUCAGUAGUGGCAGCCGUUUCUCAGAUCUCUCAUGUGCGGACAGCAGAGUGAAGGUCAUUGCACAGUCCCCUUGUAUUGCUUCGUCCUAUUGCCCUGUCGUCACGGAAACCAGAGGAAUUCGCAUCAACCAGCACAAAACAAACAAAAAAAAAGGGAGUCCUUUAUAUCUACGAAAAAAAGUCUUGUGAACAUGCAGUUUCUGUCAUUUGAAUUUUCAAUAUUUUUGUGGAAAUGUCCAGAUUGCCAUAAUAAUUUUGUCACAAUCUGAAAAACACUCGCAAAACAACUGGACUGCCCAGCAGCGAGCUGUGUCCUUGUUCAGGCCUCAAAAGUUGUGGGACAUCGAAAGCAAAGACAAUGAAGAAAAGUGCCUCUUCGAGCGCCAGAGACACCAGAUUGGACCGAUCUUCAUUGACACCCAAGACACUUUUUAUAAAUCCUUAUAUUUAUCUCGUACUUUUGUCGGCAGUCCAGUUGUUUGGCGACCACCCAGGCUAACAUCACCUCACUGUUAGGAUCCAACACACCUGCAGCGCAGCAUUCUAAUAUCUAGAUCAACGAAAUUUGAGUAGGUCGAACGAAAAAAGUGUUUCUGUUUUGUUUUUAUGAUGGAAAGUAUUAUUAUUGAAAAUAUGUGUCGAUUGAGCCACGUGCAAUGCAUUGGGUAGAUCAUUGUGUUUGUCUGUUAGAGAUUUUUAAGAAAGCCGAGAGAAAAGAGAAAAAAAGGGUAUUUGUUUCAAGUCCAGAAGCUCCGGGACUCUAAACCAGAGGGCCAUGAAAAUCCUAGUCUUUGUAAGUAGGGGUUAUUUUUUUUCCUUUUGUUUCUUUUUUAAAUGUUUUAUGUGUAAUCAUUUGUUUAUAAAAAAAAAUGUGGCAGGGUUGAAGGAAAAUCUACACAACUACAAAUUCUCUAUAGAUGAAAACUGGUGCUUUAUAAAGUACAUUCAUAUUGAUUAUAAAUGAACAAAAAUAGCAGGAAACAGCAUUAUUCCUCUCUGUACUUGUAUUCUUCUUCUAUUUGUAUGGAGGAGAGGGGGAGAGGUUCUGCGCUGCGGUCCAACUCCUCACCAGCUGGUGCUCUGCCUGAAACUCACCAGCACUUCAGUCAACACACCACAGUCUACUCACCCUGUGAGCAGAGCGUGUCUUCAGCAAAUCGUUCUGUUUCAGCAGUAAAGGACCAUUUAAAAAUGAUAAUUGAAGCAGAGUCGUAGGUUCAAUAUCCACUUUAAAAACCGAUCAUUUGAUUAUAAGGAAUAAUGAUGAACGCACCAUUGUGGGAAGCAGAAAUGUAUUCGCAGUAUUUGAAAACAGCAUUUGGGGUAAAGAUAUGACUUGAAGUUUUGGGGUUUAGAUGCAGCCUUGAACGUAAUGAUCGGUAUUAAAGCCUCAAGACUUUUUUUGUUUAUGCUAACACACUAAGUUACGGAACUAUUGAAAUUGAGGAAAAUCUGUUAUGUUGGAAGAUCAAUGAUGGUUUUAGUGAAGAAAAAGGCUCUAAACAUAUCGCUUGUUUUGUUUUGAAGUAGCCAAAUAGACACUACUGAGAAAAUACAUGGCUAAAUUGUGCACCACAUUCUCGAACCAACGAAAGGUUCCCAUCACUUUUCCGUCUCACUUUCAAGACCUGUAAAGCUACCAGCCUCCUGAGUUGCCUCUGGCAGAGCCUCCUCCCCUCCCUCCCCUCCUCUGUAAAUGAUUCUUCUAGUGCUUGUGCUGUAGUGUAUAGUUCCCAGCAGUUAAAGGUCGUCCCAUGAAAGUGCCUUUUGUUCACGAUCUCCAUUUUUGUAAUCCAGAUCGCGCUUUUUUUUCCCCCCUGAAAUAGCUCCAGGUAGCAGGAAGUCCCCGAGUGCUGCAGCGCUCUUUCCUCGCCUUAGACAAGACCCCCCCAACCCCCACUCCCCACCCAACCCCUCAUUGUCCUCCUCCCUCAUGAAGCCAUUCAUAUGUAUAUUUAUAUAUAUAUAAGUAUAAUGUAUAUUUAUAUAUAUGUAGAUGGUACACAAGGAGACCGUUGUGAAUUAGUUAUUUACUUUUUAUCAAACAAAAAAAAGUUCAAAAAGGCAAAAAAAAACAACUUUGGAUCUUGCUUUCUCCUCCCUUCACGUCUCCACUGUCAGUUUCCUCUUAGACACUGGAGUAGUCUGUAACUGUGUCUGUCACUUUAUGUACGCCCACAGCCCCCGUCCCGCCCUGCCCCUCCCUGCCUUCCCCCCCUCUCUCUCGCUGUAAUGCUGUUGGGAGGGUGAAAAAAAUUGCAGAAAAUCUCUUGUCUGAGCAGAAUGCAGUGAGCUCACAUGUUAUUCUUGUCUAUAUGCUUCACGUUGUAUUACCAUACCCAUCUGUCAACCGCUAAUGUAAGUGAACAAGUUAUGCUGACGGGCUUUCUUUGGGUGGGUUACGAGGGUUUUGGAUUGAAGAUGGAGAUGAAGACAGAUGUUUGGGACGUCGGAAGGGGCUGCUUGCUCUGUUCAGUAUUUAUUUUGCCUUUCGUACCCCCAUUUUUUUCCCCCACAUUAUUUGGAUGAGUAUUUACUAUCAGGGUAUGUUUCUUUUUUGGCUCCUCGAGGGUCGCGUUGGACUGUAAAUGAAAGCUAUAAGCACCUUAUAACUGGACUUGUCCUGCAUGAGGCUAGAGGGGAGUUCAUUUGCCUAUGAUCCAGUUUAUUCAGAACAUUUCUGUCCAAUUGGUUUCCCCACACACAGCGCACCCUUCAGGCAGCGUCAGCCACUUACUCGACCAGCAGUCAUUCGUCCCUCCACUCAGUCUCCUCCGGCCACCUCAUGCAUGACCAUUCCAGGUCUGUGUUCUAUUGUUUAUUUUGUGUUUUAUAUUCUGAAGCACGUAUGUUAGCGGUGUAAAAGGCAGCGCCCUCGGCCCUCUGACUCCCAGCUCUUCUCCAUCUACCCCCUCAGUGCAGCGCCACUCGUGUGUGACAUCACCCCCAGAGCUCUCGGUGAAAUGCAUGUGUUAAUUACAGUUUCUUUUCCAUACAAAGAAAAACACAGUUUGAGAAGAGCAGCACCUGAUUGAAUAAAGGAUGUUCUUGACUGUAA